UUUUUUUUGUUAAUUCGUUGCUAUUUCUCUCAUUCUUUCUUUUCCAUUCCCACAUCCAACUGAUAUCCAUAUCCAACUACAUCUUUCCAGCCAACAACCUUCACUCUUUUCACUCUUUUCACUCUUUUCCUACUGUUUUUGAAAGCUUCUUUUUCUUUUUUUCUCUUUUCUUUUUUUUGAAAAUUCCACUUUAAUAAUUCGCCUGUUUUUCUCACAAAUGGGUUCAAUUAAAAAAUACACUUGUAUUAAUUAUAUUUCAAGUUCCAAGGUCUCUUCCACCACCACCUCUUCCACCUCUCCUUCCACCUCUUCUUCCUCUUCUUCUCAAAAUUCAAAUACCCAUAAUCAAAGUAGUCCCCAAAACAAUCUGCCCAAUCCUAUUAACAACUCCACCAACUUCCCUUCUAAUACCUCCCACAACAACUCCCUCGAUAUCCCUUCCUCCAAUUUAUUCUCCUCACUCACAAACUCCUCUACAAUUAUGUCAAACAAAAAAUUGUCAAAAUUCAAACUAGACAAAUUCAAACUCGACAAACUAGAUAACAUAAUUAAUACAAACACAAACACAAAUACAAACACAAACACAAACACAAACACAAACACAAACGCCAUAGAUAACAAUACUCUCUUCAAUGAUAACACCACUGAUAACGAUCAAUUUAUCCUAGAUGACUCCUCAAAAUUUAUCAAAAAAAACGAUUCCUCCUCUCUAAAAAAAGAAAUAAAAUCCCUUAAAAAGACUAACCACUUCAAAGACAAUCUCCUAAAAAAACAGGAAAAAGAAAUCAAAAACUUAUUGAAAAAAUUCAGCCUGUUCCAAUCCUACCAAAAUACAAUUGACAACUUGAACGAUCAAUUAAAUUUCCAAAAAAAACUAAACAAGGAAUUACUACUCUCAAAUAACUUUGACUCCAAUUCAUCUUCUUCCCCAAUUAAUAACUCUCCCAAAACAAUUCCCAUCUUCAACAACCCGAUAUUAAUCAACGACCUAGCCCUUUUAGACUCAAACCUUCAAAACAUCUACGCAAAAUCCACCUCCUCACCCAGCAACAACAACAACAACAACAGCAACAACAACAGCAACAACAACAGCAACAACGAUGACGACGUCUUAAACCCAGACUUUGACAAAUUCCAACUACUAUCCCUUUACGAACAAACUAACAUCAUCCUACUAACAAAACUAAACGAAAGAGAUAAAGAAAUAUUCAAACUAUCCCAAAUCAUACAAUCCUUAUCUUCCCAAAUUAUCGACUUGAAGGACAAUUACCUCUUCAACCUUAAAAACACAAUCCACAACUUACCAAAUCACUUAUCAAACCAAAGCUCCUACUCAAAUAUAAACAUAAACUUCAAUGAAAAGUUAUCUCUAACUAAUAACAACAAUAACAAUAACAACAACCAUAACCAUAUUUCCUAUCGUUUGCCCUCAAUUCAUGAAUCUGCCAAACAAACACAAAGAAGCUCAAACCCGGACUCAAUAUUCUCCUUCAUAAACUUCGAUCUGAACGAUUUAAAUGAUCCCCAUAACGAUAAAUUCAAUCUACUAAAUUUCUCCGAUGAAAAUGAUACAUUCAAUGACCAAUUUCUCAAUAAAGACAUCAAAGAUAUUCAUAAAGAAAAAAAUAUAAAUAUAUCAAGGAUCAAAAAUAAAAUCAAAAUCAAAAACAAAAACAUCACCAACAAAAAAUCAAAAAUUACUGAUCCUAAUAACGACGACAUUCAUGAUAAUAAUGAUAAUCAUGAUAAUCAUGAUAAUCAUGACGAUAAUGAUGCACAAUUUGAAACAGAUUACCUAAGCUUCAUCAAAUACAACGAUGAUCAUUUAAAUGACGACGAUAACCACUCCUUGCUUUCUUUAAACAAAAACCCAAUCUUAUCAACUCCACAGUCUCUACCUCCUCCUCCUGUUAUGAACCUAAGCUCCCUACGUCCUCCAAGAUUAGAACACGCAAAUUCAAUCUCAAACUUUCACAAUUACUCCCAACAAUCUGAUUUAACCCCAACCUCCUCAAACUUCUCUUCAAACAUAUCUCACUCAAACUCACUAUCAAGACCUCAUGUCCAAAGACUGGUAAGUUUGGCUAAUACUAGAAAAAGUAUCUUGGGUAAAAAAUUGGUCUUUGAUAACAACAAGCCCUUGCCUAUCACUCCAACCCCCGUUUCAGAUUUAAAUAUUGACUCAAAUUUUACAAACAUUGAUUCUAAUAUUCCUACUUCUGACCAAAUUAACAAUCACAACUCCUCUCCAAAUAAAAUAACCAAAGGCGUUACCAAAAUUGAAACAGAAAUUAUUCAAAAUGAAACUACUCCUGAUAUCAAUAUUGAUACUCAAAAUAUCAAUCAAAAUAAUCUCAAAGAAGUAACCAACAAUGAAUUUUAUUUUGAUUCCAAUUCCAAUUCCAAUUCCGAUUCCAAUUCUAACGCCAACUCUGACUCCAAUUCCAACUCCAUCACUAAUUCCAACUACAACUCUAAUCUCAUUUCUAAUCCCGAUUUUGUUUCCAAUCUCAUUUCUGAACCUGAUUCCCAUAUUGAUUCUGAGCUGGAUAAAAUUGAAAAUAUUCAAUCUGAUAAUCAAAAAUCAAGACCCCAAUCUAAAUAUCAUAGCAUUUCCCUGUUUGCCGAAUCCACUGGAUCGCUGGAUUCAUAUGUUUCAACAAGGAGACCUUCAGACUCAUCUCAACUUACUACACCUCCAUCAAGUGGGAAUAGCACACUGAUAUCAAUUGAUAUGCCGGGAAUUCCAGUGAUGUCUGUUUCAGUCGAGAAAAAAUUCAAAAUUACCUCCAGUUUUGCCGAAAAUUUGAAAAAAUUCGAACAAAUGUCAAAAUUAAUGGAGGCACCUGUCAUAAAUAAACAAAACAAAACAUUCAACUAAAUUGGUGAUUCAUAAACCAUUCAGUUACAAAUUAUUGUUCAACUCCAAAUAAAUUUUGUUUUAUAGCAUGCUUUUUUGUUGUUUUUUUUAAAAAAAAGAAUGCUCAAUUACGUUCAACUACAUUUAUUUCUUUAUCCUCUUUUGCUUUGUUUCUCUUAUAGUUUAGUUUAUUCUAUGUUGUACUUUUUUCUCAUUAUUUUGUUUUUGUUUUCUUUUGUUUUUUCCUGAUUUUGUUAUUUUUAUUUAUCCCUUUGUCUGCUUUA